CUGAUACUGUUGUUCUUAGCCAUGAUGCUGCUGCUGCUGGCACAGCUCUUAUCAUUGUUGUUGUGUUGCUGCCGUGGUCGCUGCUGCUGCUGCUGCUGGUGCUGCUGCUGCUGCUGGUACAAGAACUGUUUGGGCUUAUCAUGAGCAAAUCAGUUUAUCUACUGUUAAUGCUAUGGACAGAUGUGUGUGCGCUCUUUGCUAGUGGCUAAAAUAAGUGUUAACGGAAAAAAAAAUAACGUGAGUGCAAGCAGAUACCUUAAACAAUUUAAUUACAUGUGUUGUUAUAUUCGCACAUAUCUAACUAUAUAUAUAGGAAUAAUAAUUAUGAAAUAAUCAAAGCCAGCUUAAUUACGAUGUUUGGGAACGACAAUGGACGUGGCCGCUUUUGUAUCACGAACUAAAGAGCAUUGCAAAAAAAAUCCAUAUGAAUAUGUUUAUUAAAUGAUUCGUAGAACUAUUAAACUAUUAACCAAUAUGUGGGAAGUGUUCAAAAGGAAUGCAGAUGACAUUAACAGUCCAGUUGGCUUAUGGCUUAUGGUCCUGGUGGCCACUUGCUGGAGCUUGAUACCACAAUUGGCAGGCGCCGGAUCGUCGCAGGCGCACGACACGGUGUCCGUGUCCUUGCCGGGUGACAUAAUACUUGGCGGACUUUUUCCGGUUCAUGAGAAGGGCGAAGGUGCACCGCCAUGCGGACCCAAGGUCUACAACCGGGGUGUUCAGCGCCUGGAGGCCAUGCUCUAUGCCAUUGACCGUGUUAACAACGACACAAACAUAUUGCCGGGCAUAACGAUAGGCGUGCACAUACUGGACACGUGCUCUCGGGAUACCUAUGCUCUGAAUCAGUCUCUCCAGUUUGUGCGCGCCUCGCUGAACAACCUGGACACGUCCGUGUUCGAGUGCUCGGAUACAUCCAUUCCGCAGUUGAGGAAAAAUGCGACAUCCGGUCCGGUUUUUGGUGUAAUCGGCGGCUCGUACAGUUCGGUAUCCCUGCAGGUCGCGAAUCUCUUACGCCUCUUUCACAUACCGCAAAUUUCACCAGCAUCCACGGCAAAGACUCUCUCGGACAAGACGCGCUUUGAUCUAUUCGCACGCACCGUGCCGCCAGAUACAUUCCAGUCUGUCGCCUUGGUGGACAUCAUCAAGAACUUCAACUGGUCAUACGUAUCGACAAUUCAUUCGGAAGGAUCCUACGGUGAAUACGGCAUUGAGGCCUUUCACAAGGAGGCAACGGAGCGACAUGUCUGCAUUGCCGCCGCCGAAAAGGUGCCAAGUGCCGCGGAUGACAAAGUCUUUGAUUCAAUUAUUGGCAAGCUCCAAAAGAAGCCAAACGCUCGUGGAGUUAUUCUGUUUACACGCGCCGAGGAUGCACGUCGCAUCCUUCUGGCGGCGAAACGGGCCAAUCUCUCGCACCCCUUCCACUGGGUGGCCAGUGAUGGGUGGGGCAAGCAGCAGAAGCUGCUGGAAGGACUGGAGGACAUUGCCGAGGGUGCCAUUACGGUUGAGCUGCAAUCGGAGAUAAUCGAAGACUUUGACCGAUAUAUGAUGCAAUUGACGCCACACAAUAACAAGCGAAAUCCAUGGUUCGCCGAGUACUGGGAGGAUACCUUUAAUUGUGUUCUAUCCACGGCAUCGGACGAUGGCAAGUUAAUGAAUGAACAUGACCAAGACGCUAGUCUUCCACAAAACGAAAAGCCGAAAAUUACCUGCGAUGACAGUUUCAGGCUCUCGGAAAAAGUCGGAUACGAGCAAGAAUCGAAGACGCAAUUCGUAGUGGACGCUGUGUACGCCUUCGCCCAUGCACUUCAUAAUUUGCACAACGAUCUGUGCACCCAAAAUGAUCAGAACCCGGGACCACAACAUCGGCAUAGCGAGUCCGUGUGGUAUCGCAAGCCCGUCGACAGCCACUCGCAGGCGUGUCCCAAUAUGGCCAACUAUGAUGGAAAGGACUUCUACAACAAUUACCUGUUGAAUGUGUCAUUUGUAGAUUUGGCCGGCAGCGAGGUGAAGUUCGAUCGUCAGGGCGAUGGCUUGGCGAGGUACGACAUUUUGAACUAUCAACGUCUGGACAACUCCUCCGGAUAUCAGUAUAAGGUGAUCGGUAAAUGGUUCAAUAACCUGGAAAUUAAUUUGGAUACAGUUGUGUGGAACAAGGAAAACGAGAUGCCAACCUCAGCAUGCUCCUUGCCGUGUGAGGCUGGGAUGAUAAAAAAACAACAGGGGGACACUUGUUGCUGGAUCUGCGACAGCUGUGAGCCCUACGAAUACGUCUACGAUGAGUUGACCUGCAAGGACUGUGGCCCGGGUCUUUGGCCGUAUCCGGACAAGCUGUCAUGUUUUGCCCUCAACAUACAGUACAUGCGCUGGAACUCGCUGUUUGCCCUUGUUCCAUUGGCAAUUGCAAUAUUCGGUAUUACGAUGACGAUCAUUGUCAUUGUGUUAUUCGCAAAAAAUCACGAUACGCCCCUCGUGCGGGCAUCCGGCCGUGAGCUCAGCUACACUCUACUCUUUGGCAUACUCGUCUGCUAUUGCAACACAUUUGCCCUGAUCGCGAAGCCGACUAUUGGCUCUUGUGUUCUGCAAAGGUUCGGCAUCGGCGUUGGCUUCUCUAUCAUUUACAGUGCUCUGCUAACGAAAACAAAUCGCAUAUCUCGAAUUUUCCACUCGGCAUCCAAGUCGGCGCAGCGCCUUAAAUACAUCAGCCCUCAGUCCCAAGUGGUGAUCACGACCUCCUUGAUCGCAAUACAAGUUUUGAUUACGAUGAUUUGGAUGAUUGUGGAGCCGCCGGGAACUCGAUUUUACUACCCAGACCGCACCGAAGUCAUCUUGAAAUGCAAGAUACAGGACAUGUCCUUUCUUUUCUCUCAGCUAUACAACAUGAUACUCAUUACAAUUUGUACGGUUUAUGCUAUAAAAACCCGCAAAAUACCCGAAAAUUUUAACGAAUCCAAGUUUAUCGGAUUCACAAUGUACACGACCUGCAUCAUUUGGCUAGCAUUUGUACCAAUUUAUUUCGGUACUGGCAACUCCUACGAGAUCCAAAUAACUACAUUGUGCAUUUCCAUCAGCUUAAGUGCAUCCGUGGCCCUCGUCUGUCUUUACUCUCCGAAGGUGUAUAUAUUGGUUUUCCAUCCUGACAAGAAUGUGCGCAAGCUGACAAUGAAUAGCACAGUGUACAGACGUUCUGCCGCAACUGGAGGAGCUCCGGGAGUGCCUACAAGUUCCGGAUAUGGCCGCACACCCAUUGGAUUGAAUGCUGCAGACGCAGACGCAGGCAUUGGCGUUGGCGUCGGCGCUGCUAAAGCUGGACCUGAGCGACAGUCUCAAAGCGAUUGCCAAAACAGUCCAUGCUCUGAGCUAGAUCAAAAUCAAACUGCGGUUAUUCAUAGGAGCGAAGAAUGCGUCAAUGGUGCUCCGACAUCUGACAAGUGCGAUUGCAUUGGCAUCAACGAUUAGAUAAGUCGCAAAGUGCGCCCAAGAUUGACAUUUCGUACUAUGAGUACUCUCCACAUACUACGAGUACUCUCCACAUACUACGAGUACUCGCCACAUACUACGAGCAUGUAUAAACAGAUUUUGUUGCGAUUGAAAUGUCUGCGUUUCUUACAUAAGUAGUUGCUUUAAUUUUACACAGAACGCUUACUGAAUUUAGAAUAUAGUCUGCGAAAAAUCAAGUUGUUAACUUUCUCCAAAAAAAGAAAACAAAUUAUUGUAAGGAUUGUUUGAAUUAAGUCAACUAAAAGGUGGCCGUAAGUCUUUCGUUCGAACGAAUUGUAACAUUUAUAUUAAACAACACAAGUAUAUUACCUUAGUGUUUAGAUUAUCAAACAUCUUGUGCUUUCUGUGCUGAUAGUUUAUCUAAGUAUAACUCGUGGUAAGGCGAAAAGAAAACAAAGUUCUAUUAUACAUAAUUUUCUAAAGGCGGUUAACGAGUUGAAAGGUGUUCAUUUAAUGUUAUUCAAGGAUUAGCAAAUUAUAAUAUUUUACUUGCAUCCGGGAAUCAAUUGCUCCGAAUUGAAAAAGCAAGCAAUCAUAGCAAAUGUCUGUUACCAUAUUUAAAAUUCGUUCAUUUGUUCGUUAGGACAAUCAUUAACUUUUGUAAUGGACUUUGAUAUUCGGAUAAAAUCAUUAUAAUAUUUUACAGUACAUUGAAUGUUGUGUACCCAAAAGAUUCACGAGGCUUUUAACUAACUUUCAUCUUAACAAAAAGUUCAUUGGCACAUUACUAAAAAUAUAAGCGACAGCCUUCAGUUUUAAAAUUGAGAAAAUCUUAAACGAAAGUUCAAUGCCAAACAUAUUCUAAAGGAAAUAUUUAAAGUUUCGCACAUAAAACAAUUUAAAGUUAAAUGAGAUCAAGAGAUUUUAAGUAUAAUAGAAUUGUUUUGAAGACAAUUUAGAGAAACGCCUAAUAGUAAGAAGUCGAAAUUGACUAGUUCUUUGCAAAUACUUUUCCGUAUAUCAAUGCUAAUUAAAGCAUUAACUACGUUUCUAUUGCACGCUAUACGUCAGUAUGUAUAUGGAUAUGUGUACAUAUCCAGGUGUGUAAGUUCUUGUCGCUCAACUAGUAUGUUUAGUGUACGUAAGAUUAGUCGCAGAUUAUCCCACCUAUAAACAUGUUUAAACUUAUACAUAUGGAGAGCACAAUUUGAAUGAAGAAUAAGAUAAAUGCACGGACAAACAAAAAUUAGUUAUGAAUGUUCAAAAUAUGUACUUGUGUGUAUUGAAUUGAACUGCGUUUCAUAAUCAACACUUUAUUUAUUCCCAAGGAAAAACUCAAAUCGCAUUAUUUGAACCAACUAUCAUAACUAAAAUGAGAA